AUGGUUAACUAUUUGGCUAAAUUUAUUCCUGACCUAGCGCAGAAUACAAGCGUCAUAAGAGAUCUACUUAAAGAGAGAAACGGAUGGACAUGGCAACCUGAACACCAGAAAUGUUUUGAUGACCUGAAGACAGCAUGUUCAAGUCAACCAACACUAGUCUACUAUGACGUCAACAAACCCGUAAAGAUAUCAUGCGAUAGCAGCCAAUAUGGACUUGGUGCCGUGUGUUUGCAAGAUGAAAAGCCAGUGGCGUACGCCUCACGCACUCUCAACGACACCGAAAAACGAUAUGCACAAAUAGAAAAAGAGUUGUUGGCAAUAGUGUAUGCCUGUGAGCGUUUUCACCAAUACGUUUACGGACGAACAGUACAGAUCGAAAGUGACCACAAACCACUGGAGUCAAUAUUCCAGAAACCGCUUUACCAAAGCCCACUUCGGUUACAGCGCAUGCUUCUUAAGCUCCAAAGAUACGACCUGAAAGUGACUUACAAGAAAGGAACUCAGCUCCACAUCGCAGAUACCCUCAGUCGGGCGUGUCUUAACAACACAGAUCAAGAAACUGAAUUUGAAGACCUAACGGUUCAUGCAACCAUCCCAUUCUCCGCAGAGAAGAGUGAACAACUCAAGGCGGCAACACUCGCUGACCCAACACUAACAGCACUACGCAAAAUAAUCCUGGAAGGUUGGCCAAAAGAAAAAAGAGCAGUAGAUCCAAGCAUAAAGCAUUACUGGGACUUCUCUGAAACACUUUCUAUCUACGACGACAUAAUAUUCAAAGGAGAGAAAGUUGUAAUCCCUGCUUCGAUGAUUAACACGAUUCUCAAUUCGGUACACUCAGGACAUCGAGGUGCAGAGGCAUGUAAACGGCGCGCACGAGAAGCAGUUUAUUGGCCAACCAUGACGAAAGACAUACAAGAUCAUGUGGAGAAAUGCAAGCCAUGCAAUGAAGCAAAACCCCAACACCAAAAAGAACCACUCCUCGUACAAAGUCCACCGACACGACCAUGGCAGCAUAUUGCUACAGACCUUUUCGAAUUAGACAAGCAAAUAUACUUACUCACAGCUGAUGCAUACUCCGGCUGGUUCGAAAUAGAUCACCUCCAAGACAUCAAAGCCACGACAAUCAUUAAGAAGAUCAAGAUGCACAUCAGCCGUUAUGGAAUCCCAGACAAGUUAAUGAGUGAUAAUGGUCCACAAUAUGAUAACCACCACUUCAAGAAAUUCAUUGCUGAAUAUGGAAUUGAGCAUAAAACGAGUUCCCCAAGAUAUCCCCAAAGCAACGGGUAUGCAGAAAGAGCGGUUCAAACAGCAAAGAAAAUUCUCAGCACAGCAAAGAAAAACAAUGAAGAUCCUUACCUUGCAUUGCUUGGUCAUCGCAAUACACCACGUGAUAACAUUUUAGGCAGUCCCGCCCAACGACUGAUGGCCAGACGAACGAAAACGUUACUCCCAAUAAGUGAUACAUUGCUCAAACCAUCUGUCAUCGAGCCCAGUGAAGUUACGAAACGCUUAUCACAUUAUCGACAGCAAAGCAAAAAGUACUAUGACCGCACAGCUAAACCUCUUCCAAAUUUGCAAAAGGGAGAUGUGGUGCGGGUCACAGACAUCAAAGGGAAAUACAUGAAAAAAGGAACUGUAAUAAACGAGACAAGUUAUCCAAGGUCCUACAUGGUAAAUAUAAAUGGACGAAACUAUCGAAGAAAUCGUCGCCAUCUUCUGAAAGUGAAAGAAGAACCAGAUAGUGAGCAUGAAUACGACACAAUCGUAGAACCGAUCAAUCAGCAAGAAACCAUCGUAGAACAAACCAAUUGGCAAGAAACAAUUGUGAAACCAAGUCAAGUUACAGAUCACCAAGAUGACCACGAGAGACAACAUGGUUUACCAAGAUCUCGUUUUGGAAGAGUUAUCAAACCACCUGAUCGCUUGAACCUUUGA